GAAUCAACUAGAGUCGAAAUUAAAUAAAUUAUCUCCAUUAUGUGAUGUACAUCACAUAUGUGAUGGUCCAAUAAUUUAUCUGUGAUACUCUUCGAAAGUAUAGUCACAAUCAGUGAUACUAGCUAUGCGUGAGAUACAAAUAUAGUUUGUGAAACGAUUAGUACUUUAUAUGAAUUUGUGGCUAAAUAUAUCAAAAACUUGUUUGAAACAGCAGGUUUUCUUUUACAAGUCUCCUUUCAAACAGGGAAAAAAGUAACACAUGCAAACACAAUGGCAAAUGCAACACAGUAUGCUUUGGUGACAGGAGCAAACAAAGGAAUCGGAUUCCAAAUCUGCAAGCAGUUAGCAUCCAAAGGAAUCUUUGUGAUUUUAGGAUCAAGAGAUGAAAAGAGAGGCAUUGAAGCUCAACAAAAGCUUAAACAAUUCCAUAAAAAUGUGGUUUUUCAUCAACUAGAUGUUGUCGAUCCUGCUAGCGUUGCUGCUGUUUUUGAGUUCAUCAAAUCGAGAUUCGGAAGGCUUGACAUUCUGGUGAAUAAUGCAGGAAUUAGUGGAAUAGAUGUGGAUGGAGAUGAUUCUGCCGUUGAAGAGUAUGUCAAGAUACUGCUUGCUAAUGGAAAGUCAAAACCAUUUCACCUGAAAGGAAAUGGAAAGCUUGUGGAGACAUUGAAGGGCGCAGAAGAAUGCAUAGAGACAAACUACUAUGGUGCAAAGAGAGUAACAGAAGCCCUCAUUCCUCUGCUGCAGCUCUCUCUUUCACCAAGAAUUGUCAAUGUCUCCUCCACUUUAGGGAGCUUAGUGUUUCAAACAAAUGAAUGGGCAAAGGGGGUGUUUAGCAGCAAAGACAGCCUAACAGAAGAAAGAGUGGAUGAAGUUGUGCAACAAUUUAUCAACAGCUUCAAAGAGGGGAAACUUGAAGAGAAUCAAUGGCCUCCACACUUUGCAGCCUACAAAGUGUCGAAGGCAGCUCUCAACGCGUAUACUUGGCUUGCAGCGAAGAAAUACUCGCCCUUCUGCAUCAAUUCUGUGUGUCCUGGUUUUGCUAGAACAGAUAUUACCUUCAAUCAUGGCCCACUAAGUGAAGCCGAAGCUGCUGAAGCUCCGGUGAAGCUGGCGUUGCUGCCUCAUGGAGGGUCGUCGGCCUCUUUCUUCCUAAGAGAGGAAGCAUUGUCUUUGUAAUGGACAAUCACUAUUCUCGUUAGGGUGCAUUUACUUUAAUGGAAAGUGAGAGAAAAAGUACAUUUUCUUCGGAUAUAGUGAAAUAUUUUCUCAAGCAA